AUGGUCGAUUGUGGGAACGUACGAUGUGUUCAAGAGAGAAAGUCUUUCAAGAAAGAAUUGUUGUCUUGGAGUAAAAAAGUUCCGAUCGCCGUUGGUCUAGAAAGAAUUGCAGAAGAAUUGGCUGGUCAGACUCACAUCAAGGAGUUAUUGUUGCCAUUUAAUGACCUGGAAACUGAUGAAGUAGAGGAUUGGGACCCUGAUAGAAAAUGUUCAUUCUGUGAAAACAGGGUACAACUUGUUUUUGAAGCUGUAGAACAACUUAUUGAUGAGGCAAAAAAUGGAAAAGCAGUUCCGGACAAUGCAAGUAUGCGUUAUCUGCAGGAGAUUUUACCAUACUGUCCCCAGUUUUACACACAAAACAUGGGACGAGAACUACUCGCAGAACUCAAAUCUUCAGCACAGAAUGUAGAAAAUACAGAACCAGACCCCAACGUUACACAACAACCUCCAUUGGUAGAGCUUAAGAUUCCACAUGUAGUGACUCAGGCAAGUAAACACAAGAAGGAGAACAUUCCCAACUGUAAAAAGAACUACACAGAUGAUGAACUCACAGAGGCUGUGUCUGAGAUACAAAAUGGCAAAUUAGGAACUAGGCGAGCCUCUGCUCUCUACGGAAUCCCUCGCUCAACUCUUCGUAAUAAGAUAUUCAAAAUGGAUGCAGACAAAAUGACAUUGUUGCAUGACGAUGCUUUGGAUGAUGAAGAUAGCCAAGAGUCUGGUAUUAAAUGGUCAGAGCUCAUCCAGGCCAAUGUAUUGCCCCUGGCUUUACCCCAACUUCCUCCCCCCGCCACAUGUGACUUGAACGAGGUCAAGAAAAGUGAGACAGAUGACAAUACUGAAAGGAAAUUAGACAACAUCCGUAAAAAACACAAUCUUUCGGGGAAAGAGGAACUUUAUUAUGAGAUGUAUGAACACAAAUUAAAAAUGCCAAUUUUGAAAGAUAUUAUACGAAAACUUGCUGAAGAGAGAUUAGAAAUGGAGAGAAAUGCAUCUAGAGUAAGAGAUUUGAAGCAUGAUGAGAUAAAACUUGAAGGAUUAGGUAGUCUCAAGCGGCCUUCAGUUGGGAGGACUGAUGAAGGAUCAGAACCUCCCACACCAUCUUACCAAGAUAUCAUCAUUCCGUCCUACAAGUCCACUAGGAGUCCGAUCAAGCAGGAACAUGCCUUCACUAGUUCACUUGACAAGUUGGAGAACACUUCUAUUGGUGAUACAUUAAAAGAAAUUAUCAUGAAAACAAUUAGUGAAAAAGUAAAAUGUAAGACCCACCAAGUGGGUGACUUAGGCCGUGGUCAUAGUGACCUAGUUUUACGUAAGAGCCAUCAUCAAACAUCAUUCCAGCCAAAUGGUGCCUCUCCUGCCAAGCAAAUAAAGAAAGAAGACAAUGACAAAAGGAAGGGACUGGUAGAUUCUACAGGAACUCCUGCCAAAAAGACGCGCCCCAAAAGAGGUCAGUACCGUAAGUAUAACAGUCAGCUGCUAAUGGAAGCAGUUAAGGCUGUGCAGCGUGGAGAAAUGAGUGUACAUCGUGCAGGAAGUUAUUAUGGUGUACCACACUCCACAUUGGAAUACAAAGUGAAAGAGCGACACUUGUUGCGACAGAAGAAGAUUAAGGAACAACAGCAGCAGAAGGAAGCAGCAGCUAACACUACUAAGAAGAGUUCUGUUUCUGUGGAUGCUGGAAUCACCAGUAGCUCCAAUAGUAGAAGUGGACAGGGCAUUAAAGGCACACACAGUAACAGUAAGGGAGAAGUGUCAAAAAAACUAGAAACUCCAGAAAAAUCAGAAGGAAGCUGUCCAGCUUGGUACACAUCAUACCUAGUGGGUGCCUCUCACUUGGAUGCCUCCCCAGGGAUGGGAUUCCCUUCAGGAUUUGCCUUAAAUACGCCUGCCUCAGAGUUGCUGCGUAAACUUCAACACAAGGUUCAGAGUAAGUCAGAUUCUUAUGGUGAAGAUAGUAACUACAGUAAAAGAGGGGUUGGAGCUCUCGGGGAUGGCUUCUUCUUCAUCAAUUAA